AUGGAUGAGCACUACGACGUCAUCAUCCUCGGCACGGGCUUGACGGAAUGUGUCUUGUCGGGAUUGCUGUCGGUCGAGGGGAAGAAGGUGCUUCACAUGGACCGCAACGACUACUAUGGCGCCGAAUCGGCGAGUCUCAACCUCACCCAGCUCUACAAGAAGUUCAGGGGCACCGAGCCGCCGGCAGAGCUGGGACGUGACCGCGACUAUGCCGUCGACUUGAUUCCCAAGUUCAUGAUGGCGAACGGCGAGAUGACCAAGAUGCUCGUCCACACCGACGUGACGCGGUACCUCGAGUUCAAGCAAAUCGCCGGCUCGUACGUCCUCCGCGACAACCGCAUCGCCAAAGUCCCAUCAACCGAGAUGGAGGCGAUCAAGAGUCCGCUGUUGGGAUUGUUUGAGAAGAGGCGCGCGAGGAACUUCUUCCUUUGGGUCCAGGGCUACAAGGAGGACGAACCUAACACGCACCAGGGAUUGAACCUCGACAAGAACACGAUGAAGGAGGUCUACUACAAGUUCGGCCUCGAGGCGGGCACGCAGGACUUCAUCGGCCACGCCAUGGCGCUCUACCUCGACGAUGACUACCUGAAUCAGCCCGCCCGCGAAACGUACAACCGCAUCAUCCUCUACACCUCCUCGAUGGCUCGCUACGGCAAGUCGCCCUACCUUUACCCUCUCUACGGCCUCGGCGAGCUUCCUCAAGGUUUCGCGCGUCUCUCGGCCAUCUAUGGCGGCACGUACAUGCUCGACAAGCCCGUUGAGAAGAUCGAGUACGACGACAAGGGCAAGUUUGUCGGUGUCACCUCGGGCGGCGAGACAGUCAAGGCCGACAAGGUCAUUGGCGACCCCAGCUACUUUGUGGACCCCUCGGGCAAGGGCGGUGCGGACAAGGAGGACAAGGUCUUCCUCGAGGGACACGUCGUUCGCGCCAUCUGCAUCCUCCGUCACCCAAUCCCGAACACGGACGACUCGGACUCUGUUCAGAUCAUCCUCCCUCAGAAGCAGGUCAACCGCAAGCACGACAUCUACAUUGCGGGAGUCUCCUCGACGCACAACGUCUGCGCGAAGGACGUCUACAUCGCGAUCGUCUCUACCGUCGUCGAGACCGGCAACCCCGAAGCGGAGCUCGAGCCCGGUCUCAAGCUCCUCGGCCCCAUCUACGACAAGUUCAUCUCUAUCGCGCCCAUCUACUCGCCCGCGUCGUCCGGUUCGUACGACAACGUCUUCGUCACCCGCUCCUACGACGCAACCUCGCACUUCGAGACGAUGUGCGACGAUGUCAAGGACGUCUGGCGCCGAGCGAUGGGUUCCGAGCUCGAGCUCAAGAAGAGGGACGAGGAGAACCUCGAUGCGAAGUAG